UGCCAGUGCCCAUCAGUGCCACAUCAAUGCCACAUAUCAGUGCCUACCAGUGCACAUCAAUGCCACAUAUCAGUGCCCAUCUGAGCUGCCUUUCAGUGUCACUCAUCAGUGCCAGUCAGUGCCACCUAUCAAUGCCAAUCAGUGCCACCUAUCAGUGCUGCCAAUCAGUGCCAGUCAUCAGUGCCGCCUAUCAGUGCGCAUCAGUGCCGCCUAUCAAUGCCUGUCAGUGCCGCCACCUAUCAGUUGCCGCCUAUCAGUGCCAUGUAUCAGUGCUACCUUUCAGUGCCCAUCAGUGAUGCCU